CAAUCAUUGAUUAUAUACACAUAAUCAAUGGUACAAUGGUAACUUUCCAAAUUUCAAAACUACACGAAUUAUUCGGUUUAAAAUUAAAUGUAAUCGUCACACAUUUUUAACCAACUGAGACGGACGUUGGGCCUGUAGGUUAAGAUCGAAUUCCUGUUUGUAAAUAAACCUAAAAGCUUUCAUUAUUUCAUUUAAACGAACUGUGAUCAAAAAUAAUACAAUGGAAGUGGAAGAAGAUGUACCAGUGGAUGUUUCUAAAAUAAGAUGUCUUGAUAUGCCGGAUGAGUUCCUAAAGAAAAGUGUGGCUCGACAAUUCUUCGAGCAGUUCGGGGAAGUUCAACAUAUAAUCAUUAAACCGAAAAGUAAAAUAUGCUACGUUCACUAUAAAACCUAUGAAGACGCGCAAAGGGCAUUAUUUAACGCGAAUUAUUAUCAAGGCAAAAAAUUAAACAUAAGUAAGUAUAGCAGUAGACCCAAAACUAGGCAAGCUAAGAAAGAUAACGAUCCUAUCUGGUUGCCGGAUCGGGAAGUACAAGAGGAAUUGGCUGCGAUGGCCUCAAUAAACGAAAGAAGUGUGUACAAUUUACGACAAGAAGCUAUGCUAGUCGAUUCACCUCCCAGACCGUCAAGUGCCGCUACAAAGAAAACUAAGCGAAUUGAGAAACCAACAUCGAAAAACGGUUGGACUCCAGAGCAACUGGAGCUACUUAGUACAAUUAAGCAGGUGACCCAUACCAUUGAAGACAAAUAUAAGGUGCUAGAAGCGCGAGACAAACUGAUGAGGCUGCGUCUGAAGAAAUUGACUAACAUGGAUAAGGCAACGAAGGGCACUUGUCCGGAUAUGUGUCCCGAAAAAGAACGAUUGCAACGCGAAAUACAGCACCAGGUGGCGCUAUACGAACAAGACGCGGUGGGAAAGUGCAUGAAUCCGUACCUCGCGAUUAAGCAAUACUCGCGAAGCUCCGCAGAUCAAGAGGCACCCCUGCCACACGAAUUGCGACCGGUUGCAACUUUAGAAUUGUCGAUGGGAUAUUUGACGCACAACAUUAUGAAUUUGUGCGACGUGGAAGAUGUACUGGUUAAUCUGGCUGAGUGGUACCACUUUCUUUGGGAUCGUACGCGGAGUAUACGAAAGGAUAUUACUCAACAGGAGCUGUGCUGUCAUGGAUCGGUCGCAUUGUUGGAGCAGUGCGCCCGUUUCCAUAUACACUGCUCCGCGAGGUUGGUCGCUGAAGAUCCGUCUGUGUUUGACCAGAAGAUUAACACAGAAAAUUUGACGAAGUGCUUGCAAACCUUGAAGUAUAUGUAUCACGAUUUGGAGUUGAAAGGGGAAAGCUGCAAGAAUGAGGCGGAGUUUCGGGCGUAUAUUAUUUUGCUCAAUUUAAAUGAUGGUAAUUUUAUGUGGGAGGUUCAACAAUUAAAACUGAACAUUCAAAAGUCUCCCGAAGUGAAAUUUGCUUUGGAAGUCUACUCCGCGCUCGACAAGAAUAACUUCGUAAAGUUUUUCAAGCUGGUCCGUUCCACCAAUUACCUGAACGCCUGUAUUUUGCUGCGUUAUUUUAUACAAGUGCGCGGUACAGCUCUUUCGACGAUUUUAAAAUGCUACUCGCCACGGACGCCGUACACACAAUUCCCCCUGUCCGAACUGCAGCACCUGCUGGCGUUCGAAGAUGCCUCGUCGCUAACAGAAUUUUUGGCGUCUUUUGGUCUUUACUUAAAUCAGGAUGAGUCUCAGGUAAUUCUCGAUCGCAAAGCUCAUCAGGAACCGGAGAUACCGAUAACCCUAGAUCGAGCAGUAAAUGUCGUCGAAUCAAAACGGACCAAGUCAGUUGGAGAAGUUGUCUGUGGAGGCGUUCUUCCACCUCCGCUCUACAAAAGCUACGUACCCCGCAACAGUUUCGCCGAAAAUGGCGUUCUAAUAAUGACGGACACUUUAAAGGAAAUCAUCAAGGAGGCACAAAUUCCAUCCGAAAUUCUAGAGCAGCCUAAAGUGACAGCUGUCGACCAGCCCGAUGGUGAAAAAUUAAAUCAACCGCUACCCUUUUGGGCAUUUAAAAAUGAAUCUAUUUUCAAAACUAAGGCCGACUCGCCUCCGCGCCUGGGCAUUUUCGGCGGGACGAAACCGAGCGAAGCCGCGAAACAGUUCACAUUUAAAAUGCCUCAAUCGGCUACCGCCCAACAAAAAUCAUUGGGCAUAUUUCCCCUUCCAUCCAACGACAAUCAGUUCGCCUCAACAGUCGUCCAACCUCAACCCCAAAAACCAGUAUUUAACGUGCCAAUUUUUCCAACGCAAAAGAACCAAAACGAGAGCAUCAUGCAAUCGUUCUUCGGUUCGGAUGCCGCGAGCAAACCCAAAACUGCCCUACCUCAAGCGCCUGCCCACUUCAGCGGUUCCCAGCCGCCCAUUUUUGCCAAUCAGAAAUUCGAUUUUGGCGCGCCGCUCGUUCAAACUGCUCGUCCGGCGUCAGAAAAGGUGGAAACGAACAUGGCCGAGGUGCUGCGUUUAAAGGAGGAGGAGACGAAGCGCAGGUUAAUGGAACGGGCCGCCGAAGAGCAACGCGAACGGGAGAGGUUGGAGAAACUGCGCUUGGAGGAAUUGGCAAGGAUGAAAGAGGAGGCGUUGAGGAAGGAAAACGAAAGGCGCAAAAGGGAGAAGGAAGAGGAAAUGGAGAAGAGGCGCAUAGCUAUGCUGGUGGAAAAAGAACGACUACUAAGAAUCGAAAUAAACAAAACCGUCACGGAACUUAUGAACGACCUCCUAGCACGAGUCGAAGCAAUACGAAAAGAAGAACGUCUCAACGACAUAGCGACCAACAUCAGAAACUUUAAAACCCGCCAAUUCGUCGCCCUAUGGAAGAAGAAGUGUCGUCUAAUCAAGAGAAAACGACACGCAAUCGAUCAGAAUCCGGUCUGGUUGCCCGAACGUUCCGUUUCCGAGGAGGCGGCGCAACUCCUCACCGCAAACCAGGAGUUGAUGUUGCAAAAUAUUAAACGCUAUAAGACUGGGAAAUCGUACGAGAUUGCCGCGUCCGAAAGAGAACAAGUCGACAGUAUCGACAUUAGCUACUAUUACAAGUUGUUACUCGCGAGUUACACGAAGAUGCAGACGAGACUUCCGAACGAACUCUUCUGGAAGGUUACUGUCUCACUGCCCGAUUUUAAGGAAGUUAAGGUCGGGUUGAGCGUUAUCGAGAGCGUUUUAAUGCAGUAUUUCAAAUGGAAGGAUCGCUAUGGAUCUACAGCGAGAGUCGAUCAAUAUCAAAGUGGCAAAUUGUUGGGGUAUUGCAUCGAAAGGAAGCAGGGAGUAUUAGAGGUUGACAGCAACUCGAAUGGAAUUGUGUUCUUGUCACACGAGCCCAGUGACCACCUUCACCAACGAAUUUCGUUUGCGAUAAAAAAUUUUCCAAAAUGUUGCCGGUUAGCUGUAGCAGUUGUAUUCGUUAACGAUGAGGCUCAAAGUAUUAACUCUCAAAAAUUAGGAGUGCUUCUGGAGAAGAACCCGCGCAUCACAAAUUAUAAAGUAAUUACGUGUCAAUUCCAACGACACUCCAUACUGAGCGCUGUUAAAGAGAGUUUAGAUUUUCUCUCUGAAAACAUUCAGAAACCUCCCCCUCUCGAGCUGGACAUGGUGGGUUCGUUCGUUUACUCGCACUUAUCAAUCGACUUAUGGAAUCGAAUGAAGAGCUGCUCUGUUUGGAAUGCGAACUACAAAACAUGCUUAAAGUCGCCAAAUUUAGUGAUUGGUUUGUACAAUCAAGGCAUCGAUAAACUCAAGGAGAUCGUUUCGGACCACACCUGUUUGGACUAUCCCAGUUUUCCCAUCGAAUUUGAUGUGCUACUGCACGAAAAGAUACCAGAAGUCCUACCAUGCGAUUAUAGGUCCUUCCCUUCAUUUUGGAGAAAGGCGACAUAUCGAUCUCUACUUCGUAAAACCCUAAACUCACUAAAACUACCCGAAUACAAAUCGGUAUGGCCUCCUAACGACGAGUCCACACUGGAGAAGGAUCUCUUCGCGUAUUGCUUAUCGAUUUUCAAAAAUCCACAGAAAGUAUUCUACAAAGUGAUGGCAGUUGUUUUGAAGAACUACGACCCGUCGUGCGACUUUGAUAGAAUAAAAAACCUCCUCUGGAUCGACAUAAUGGGAGUGAUUUCCGCCGAGAAGCUGCAGGAGGGCAAUUUUCUUCUACGCCACACCCCGUUUCACGCCAAGUCGACGUUUACGCAGUCGUUCGUCGUUUAUAAAACUCAAGCUCUCGAGAGGUUCAAAUCUGAGGAGUGGUUUUAUUUGGAAAAUCCGCUGGUUAAGAGCGAAAUAAAGAAGUUACCAGAGAAGGUGUACGCGCAUGAUGUCAGGAGAACUAAUCAGAACACGAUCUCAGUUGAAGAGAUUGAUCUAGAUGAGAUAGAAAAAAUGGUAAGGGCAGAUAAAACUGUAAGUACUGAUUCAAACAUUGACAAACUGAGAGAGUUGGAAGAGUUUAUGAAGGAUUUAGAAACCAGUAUGGAUAUUCACAAACAAAUCAAUGCCACUUUUCAGCGAACUGUUAAUCAAGCUCUAGGUAUAAAUAAUUAACUAUAAGUUUACGAAAUAAAUUAUGUUGUUGACUGAA